AUGCGAGCUGCCCUAUUGGAUGGAGACUCCCUGAACUAUGACAUGGAACGUGGCUACACACGUCAUGCCAUCAAUGAGGUGGGCGACCAUGGCAUCCUCAUCAGGCUAGGCACACAAGCCAUUCUCAAUCACAUGCGGAUGCUGCUCUGGGACCGAGACUUA